GCGCACGGCGGUGUUCUCUCCUAUUCAAAUGCCGGAAACUGGUAUUGGGGGUGGGCACCAUAUAAUUCACCUACUGGCCAGACCACCAUUCAGCGUCCUUGGUCCUCCUACAACCCUAUUACGGAUGCUACUGAUCCAACUAUCGCGUGCAAUGACGACGGUACACCCGGUGCUCUCCAACUCACUGCGACCGUCGAGGCUGGUUCUGCUAUCACUGCUUACUGGAACCAGGUCUGGCCGCAUCCGUACGGCCCCAUGCUCACGUACCUUGCUCAAUGCCCCGGUUCGACUUGCACAGGCGUUAAUGCGAACAGCCUAAAGUGGUUCAAGAUCGAUGAGGCCGGUCUCGUGUCUGGAACCGUCUACGACGGCACGUGGGGUGCGGGCGAGAUGAUCGCCGACAACUCGACCUGGACGACCACGAUUCCCGCAACUGUCCCCUCGGACAACUACCUCAUCCGCUUCGAGACGAUCGCUCUUCACUCCAUGCCUGCUCAAUUCUACCCUGAGUGUGCUCAAAUCCAGAUCACUGGCGGCGGCAACCUCGCACCCACUGCCGCCGAACUCGUCUCCUUCCCUGGUGCCUACAGCAACAACGAUCCGGGUAUCAACAUCGACAUCUACUCGAACGCUGCCCAGACUGAGACGACGUACGUUAUCCCCGGCCCGCCGCUCUACGGCUCUAGCAGCCCAUCGGUCCCGCCACCACCACCGCCGUCCUCAGCCAGCAGCACGCCCGCGUCCAGCCCGACGCCCUCUGGCCCGACUGUUGCGCACUACGGCCAGUGCGGCGGCCAAGGGUAUACCGGUUCUACUGUCUGUGCUGCUCCGUACACAUGCACCGUCUCUAACCCUUAUUACUCUCAGUGCCUCUAA